AUGUUCAAGAAGCUAGGGUUCGGCCGGCGGACGACCGCUGCGCCCGCGGACCUGCAGCCUGCCGCGGAGCCGCUGCCCGCGCUCGCUGCCAUCGAUGACCGGCCCUCGACCUUUGGCAACGUCGCGCAGUACGCUGCGGACGAGGCCGCGGUCGCGCCCGAGGACAUGGCAGCGCUCCAAGGCAUCGACUUUGACGUCGAUGUCAACGCCGUCGACAUGGCGAUCGAGGCGCCGCCGGUCGCGGACCCUGGCAGCGACUGGAAUGGUUGCGGCGGGUGCCCCGUCUCGAUGAUCACGGACGGCUUUGUGCCACCCGCUUUACGCGCACUGGUCGCACUCUUCUGCGCUCGCACGCGCACCGACAACAAGAACCUCGUUGUCUACGAGCACGUGGGCGGCUUGAACAAGGCGCUCGAGGCGCUCGAGGCGCAGCACGAGAUUGCGUUUGCCGACGUCAUGGCCCACUACCUCUUCCUCACCGAGUUCCAGUGGGCGCGGCUCGACACGCGGCCGUUCGACAAGGCGACGCCGACGUUGGGGCAGAUGGUCAAGAUCCUCGACUUCCAGGGCAUGACCUUGAGCGACUGCAAGAACGCCGACUUUCGUACGUUUGUGUCGUGGACAAUGCGCACGAUUGGCCAGCACUACCCCGAGCGCUGCGCCGCCAUCUACAUCAUCAACACGCCACCGUGGUUCAACACGUUUUGGCUCGUCAUCCAGCGCUUGAUCAGCGACGUGACCAAGCAGAAAAUCCGCAUUUGCCCGGCGCCGAAAGACUACGUCCGCCGCCUCACUGCGUGGCUCGGCCCCGACCACCUCCCCGCGCUCCUCGGCGGCAAUGCGACCCACCUCUAG